GCGGAGCCGCGGGGAGCGCCCUGGGGUGCGAGGUGCCCGGAGGUACCUGCAGGCGGACCCAGGCCGGCCCCCCAGCCGCUCUGCGGCGAGUGACGGGAAUCCGGAGGGAUUCCUGGGCAAGUGGCGCGUCCUGGGGCGGCAGCUGCGGAAGAAAGACCUAGUGCCCCCGAAUCCCUGAGCGGAAAGGGGCCAGAGCGGGGCCUGCAUGGGCGCCGAGCUGCCUGCAUCUUGGCUGCUGCUCUUCACCUGGCUCCCGGCAGGGUGCCUGUCCUUGCUGGUGACAGUCCAGCACGCAGAACGCUAUGUCACCCUGUUUGCCUCUGUUGUCCUCAAAUGUGACUACACCACCUCCGCGCAGCUCCAGGACGUGGUAGUGACGUGGCGCUUCAAGUCCUUCUGCAAGGACCCCAUCUUUGACUACUACUCUGCGUCAUACCAGGCAGCUUUAUCCCUGGGCCAGGACCCAUCCAAUGACUGCAAUGACAGCCAGCGGGAGGUUCGAAUCGUCGCCCAGAGGCGGGGGCAGAACGAGCCUGUGCUGGGGGUGGAUUACCGGCAGCGCAAGAUCACCAUCCAGAACCGAGCAGACCUUGUGAUUAAUGAAGUGAUGUGGUGGGACCAUGGCGUGUACUAUUGUACCAUUGAAGCUCCAGGGGACACGUCAGGCGACCCAGAUAAGGAGGUGAAGCUCAUUGUCCUGCAUUGGCUGACGGUGCUGCUCAUCACCUUGGGGGCCCUCCUCCUGCUGGCGCUGGCCGGCGUGUGCUGGUGCCAGUGCUGCCCUCGCUACUGCUGUUGCCACGUGCGCUGCCCGUGCUGCCCCGCCCGCUGCUGCUGCCCCGAGGAAGCCCUGGCCCGCCACCGAUACAUGAAGCAGGCUCAGGCCCUAGGCCCUCAGAUGAUGGAAAAACCCCUAUACUGGGGGGCAGACAGGAGCUCCCAGGUUUCAUCUUAUCCAAUGAACCUGCUGCUGCAGCGAGAUUUGUCCCUGCGAUCCAGCCUCCCUCAGAUGCCAGUGAACCAGAUCACCACUCACCCUCCCGUCACCAGUGGUAUCCUGGAGUAUUUGGAGAAGGAGCUUCAGAACCUUAACGCAGCCCAGCCACUACCCCCUAACCUCAGAGCUGUAGCUGGCCAACCCGGCAGCAUGCUGUCCUCUCUCGGCUCGGAGGUCGUAGAACGCAGGAUCAUCCACCUGCCCCCGCUGAUCAGAGACCCGCCGUCCUCACAGAGGACCAGCAACUCCUCCCACCAGCAGUGGCUCACCCCAGUUCCCCCUGGGCCCUGGGGUCUGAGAGAGGGGAGGAGGCAACGCCACUCCUCUGAUUUCCACCAGGAGCCCCAGGUCCAGGAUCCUAAGCACUGGGCAUUGGAGAGAAGGGAGCGGGACCAGCUGUGGAGUGGAAGGCGCCACGGCUCUAGGCCGCACGGGCCACCUGCGGCCUGGUCAGACAGAGACAGCCUCAGCGACGGCCCCUUGUCCAGCGGGGCCCACUGGCGGCCAAACCACCCUUCUCUCAGGAGCUGCUAUGCAGAGAGACCCCGGUGGCCUAGCCCCCACAAGAGCACGCAGAGGCCCCGGAGGCGAAGGCCCCGCAGCUACUCCCCUCCCCCGCCCUCAAGCCUCAGUUCCUGGAGCUCCGAGGAGGAGAAGGAGAGGCAGCCCCAGAGCUGGGCGGCCCACCGCCGCAGGUCUCACUCCCCAAACUGGCCAGAGGAGAAGCCACCCAGCUACCGCUCACUGGAUGUCAUCUCAAGCAAGAAUGGCAGGAAAAAAGGGAGUGUGGAGAGGCCUUCGGUGAGCCUGGGUCAUCCUGCUGAGGGUCGGGCAUGGGCAGAAAGGACCCCUGAGCCAGGCAUGGUCAGCACGGACAGAGGCCACCUCACGUGCCGCUGCUGAGGGUACCUCUUCCCUGUUUUGCACACCUUAACCUGUGGGUUCGGUGAGCCACCUCUCGUGAGAGCUAGAAGGGACCCAGUAGGCACAGAGGCCAGAGCAGAGGCUUAUGCUUGAUGCUGACAGAGGGCCUUCUCAUCCUCAGUCCAGCCGUCAGCACAGUGCCCUGAGGCAGGUCAGGCAGGGCCCCCCAGUAUGCAGAUGAGGAAGUGAGGCUUAGAAUAAUGAAGCACCUUGUGAUUAGUGGGGUUAAGACAUGAACGCAGGCCUUCAUGGCUAAGGCUUUACUUCCUGUCAGAUCGCCUUGCUUUUCUUAGCAGCCCUAUUUCCAUAUCCCAAAUUAGAACACUCAGCCUGACAGGACAUUUUUGCCACCUCUGGGUGUGCAAGUCCCUGCUAUACCUGAGGUGAGGCCCUCUUGAGAUAUCCCUGAAGAGGAUCAUUAAACUGACUUAAAAAAAAAGCCUGGUAUCCCAAAUUUGUGUCAAAACUGUAGGAUUCUGUGAAUAGGCAAGGUGCCCAUGGGUGCCAGUCAUACUUGACCAGGCACAAAGGGGCACAAAGAGAGCCAUAGGCCAUGUGGGCCUCUGAUCAUAGACCUUUAUUUUUAAAAGAUAUAUCUUAAAACAUCAUUUUAUAAUUAAUAUACCCAAUGAUGAUAUUCCUUAAUGUUGUCACUUUGCAAAGUUAUAUCCAGCUCUUGCCCCAAAAUAUUCAUAAACUGCCUUCAGGGCCAAAUUACACGCCACCCACAAAGAUCUACCUCUCUGACUAACGCCCUUUUCUGUUCUGCCUCUCCUGAGGUAAAGGAACGUGUAGUAGGCUCAGAAGGAAGUUCCUAGAGCAGAGGGAUAGUAUAGGAAUUAGAAGUUUAGUCUCUCACACACUCUGAAGGAUGCAGCUGUCAUUUGGAAAUGCAAAUUCUGCUGUGAGUUGUUUAAAAGCCAGUCACAUACAUGGUGUGCACAAAGGAACAGACACAGUGCUGGUUUUCAGGGAAGAACCUUGGUGAGAGAAUGAUUCGUGAGGAAGGUAGUGAAGGCCUGCAGGCAUUUCUGAAAUAAUCAAUGGUGGUUAUAUUCUCACAGACGUCCCCUGAGAGAGGCAAAGACCGGUAAUAGUGCAGCUUAGUGGUAUCCUUACAGCGUAGUGCUCAUUUGUGGACAUUUAUGCAACGUUUCACUUAAUCCUUACAGCACCCUGUGAGGUUUGCACUGCUGUCUGCAUUUCACAGUGGAUGCAACUCUUUCUUCCAUGUUACCAGUAAGAAAAUUACAUCCUGAAAGAAAACACAGAAUCAGUCAGAGCCAGGACAACUGCUGUUACUUUAGUCAUAUAGUGACUUAAUUCUCAUUUCAUUCUAACAGAAAAAUGUAAUUUAAAAAGCCAAUUUUUGGCCCCAAAUCCAAAUCCUAUUUUCCUCUAAGUUAAGUUUUUUUCUUCUCAAGUUAAGUUAUAUGGCUUCUUUUAAGUGAGAGAAGGGUAAAAGGAACAUCAGUUAUGUUCUGGACACUGGGGGAAGCCCUUUCCAAGCCUUAUUUUGUUUAAUCCUUGCAACAGCCCUGAGAGACUAUGGAACAUGUGCCAAAUCACACAUCCAGUGGGGGAGUGAGGCCAGCCUUUGAACAUAGCCCUCUGACUCUCAAGCCUGUGCCCUUUUCAGUAACUCAUGCGGCCCUAUUAGAAGUGGGCAGUCACAUGGGGCAAUGAUGUUUUCUGGGAACCUUAUUUCUUCCUCAUUUUCUGAAAGUAUCACAACUACCUUUAUCAUCAAGAUGUAUACUCCGGUAAUUCCACCACAAGCAAACCAAAUUUUUAUUGCAAAGUUGCUCACAAGAGGCAAAGAUUUCCCUCAAGAUAAUUGAAAAAGCCAUCAUUGUUUUGUAUCUCUCUGAGCUUGUCUCCCAUAGAGUUCUCACUUUACUUUAUCUGAGUGACCACAGGCCCAGACCAAAGCUUGAUCUAGAAGAUUGGUGGGUUUGAAGGGCACAGUGUUUUGUUGGUAACUUGAAAUUUGAAUGCCUUUAAUGAAGUGAAAGUCUCCAGGGCCGGCUCUUUGCUUCUUUCCUUGGUGGGACCGGGUGCUUCCAUACACUUUCCUAGCCUCUGAAGUCUUGAGAGCUUGCAGCCAACUUCAGAAAUGGUAAUACAAUUCGGCCACUAGAUGGUGACAUUUGAUUAUGUAUAAUGAAGUUUCUGCUUACUCCCUGAGUUGGUAAAUAAGAUGAAAUGAAUCACUCUUUUCUUAAAUCAAGCUUUCAGCAGUUACAGCUUUACCAUAACUUUUUCAAAAAUACUUAUUUAAAGUACUUUAUUAAAUAGUCAUAGUCAUAUGAAUAAGUCAAAAAAUCUUUUGGAUCACGUGGAAGCUUCUUGCUCAAGAUUAAUGUUUAACAAGCAAACACCAAGGGACAAAGAUUUCCAUGUAGGUGAUCAUGGGAACCUAAAAUAGGUAAGAACUGGUUUCUGCACAGUGCCUGUGAGCAAAUGGAAGUUAGGUUGAGGCACUUCCCACUUGAUUUCAGAACCAGGACUCCAACCAAAAUAUCACUUCAGUUCUGAUGGUCUUUUUACUCCAUCAAAAGCUAAAACCUCAGAAAUAUAAGAAGCUUUAACAAACAUCAAGCUUUAAACUUCUCUGGUUUCAGACUGAGUAGCACCUGUGUUCCUGGCCACUUUCAAAUCAGUUGUCUUUCUUUCUAAUCUUGCCCUGUCAGGAAGGGCUUCCCAAAGCAUUUCUGGUUUGUUCCAAACUUGGCCUGUACACACCUGCCUAAUGGAAAGGAAAACUACUGCAAUCUUUCCUCUCCCAGUUAAACUUUCUGUGGAGAAAUCAAGAUUUUUUUCUUUUUAAUUGACUUUGAUUUAAUUAAAAAAUAUUUUUUAGAUCUGGGUACUUAAUCUUC